UCUCUUAAACACCUGCUGCCUGCAACCUUUUUUAGGACGCCCCCUAUCUAUAAUAGCAAAGUGGCGAUCUAUUUCCGAAUUGUUUAAUAGUGACACUUUUUUAUGAUAAGAAAGACAAUGAUCAAUUUGAGGAAGUUUAUAGACAUUGGAGCUAAUUUAACAGAUCCUAUGUACCAGGGUAUUUAUAAUGGUAUCCAAAAGCAUCAACCAGAUCUUGACAAAGUAUUAGAGCGCAGUUGGAACAACAAUCUCUCAAAAAUUAUUAUUACUGCUGGCAGUUUGGAAGAAAGCAAAAAAGCUUUAGAAAUUGCAAAAACUGAUGAUAGAUUAUUUUCAACGGUAGGUUGCCACCCAACAAGAUGUAAUGAAUUUGAAGAAUCAGGUGAUCCAGAAGCUUAUUUAGAUGCACUGUGUGAAUUAGCUUUGAACAAUAAAGAUAAAGUUAUAGCAAUAGGAGAAAUGGGUCUUGACUAUGAUAGACUUCAAUUUUGCUCUAAAGAAACUCAGAAAAAAUACUUUGAAAUGCAACUGUCUUUAUGUUCAAGACUCAAAUUACCUAUGUUUCUACAUUGUCGAAAUGCAGCAGAUGAUUUUGUACGUAUUCUGAGAGAACACAAAGAAAGAUUGACAGCAGGUGUUGUUCACUCUUUUGAUGGAAAUACCGAAGAUGCCUACAGUAUGUUACAAUUAGGACUAUACAUAGGAAUAAAUGGAUGUUCACUCAAGACUGAAGAAAAUCUUUUUGUUGUUACGACAAUACCGUCAGACAGACUUGUGAUAGAAACAGAUUGCCCAUGGUGCGAAAUUAGGCCAACACAUGCUUCAGCCAAAGAUGUAGUAACACAAUUUUCUUCAGUCAAAAAGGAAAAAUGGCAGCCAGAUAAAAUGGUCAAAGGCCGAAACGAGCCUUCAAAUAUUGUUCAAAUAUUGGAAGUUCUUGCAAGUGUGAGAGAUGAAGAAGAAGAAUAUCUUUGUAAUCAAAUAUACAAGAACACUAUGAAGCUUUUUUUUCCUUAUGAGCUAUAAAUUGCAUUUAUAAGCCUGCAAAUAUUUGUAC